ACUCCACCUCCCGGUGCCGAACGAAGCUGCAGUGAUAACUCUGAUGUGCAUGGUGGAAUCGCUGCCUGGAAACCCUGCGAUUUUGCCGGGUCGGUCCUUUGCACCCUAGCAUACUGCUAACACCGGGACUAUCCAGUGACCCAGUCUAGACUGCUGAGCUGAGUCCUGUGAGCCCUCGGGCACCGGGGCCAUGGAGUCCCGAGGUUGUGCUGCGCUCUGGGUGCUGCUGCUGGCGCAGGUCAGUGAGCAGCAGACACCUGCGUGCGCCCUGGGACUCGCAGCUGCAGCGUCUGGGAGCCCGGAAGACCCGCAGCCUCCCCCAUUCUCUGGGUCCAGCUGGCUGGAAACCGGUGAGUAUGACCUGGUGUCUGCCUAUGAAGUAGACCACAGGGGGGAUUAUGUAUCCCAUGACAUCAUGCACUACCAGCGGAGGCGUCGGAGAAGAGCUGUGACCCAGCCAGGAGGAGAUGCCCUGCACCUAAGGCUUAAGGGCCCUAGGCAUGACCUCCACCUCGACCUCAAAGCUGCCAGCAACUUGAUGGCUCCUGGAUUCAUGGUGCAAACUCUGGGGAAGGGAGGCACCAAGUCUGUACAGAUGUUUCCACCAGAAGAGAACUGCUUUUACCAAGGAUCCUUAAGGUCCCAGGGGAAUUCCUCAGUGGCCCUUUCUACCUGCCAAGGUUUGUUAGGCAUGAUAAGAACAAAAGACACUGAUUACUUCUUGAAGCCACUGCCUCCACACCUAACAAGCAAACUGAACAGAUCUGCACAGGGCGACUCCCCCUCCCAUGUUCUGUACAAGAGAUCUACAGAGCGCCAGGCUCCUAGAGAAAACGAAGUCCUGAUGAUCACCAGGAAGCGAGAUCUGGCAAGACCACACCUGCACCAUGACAACUUCCAUCUUGGCCCCUCACAAAAGCAGCAUUUCUGUGGAAGACGCAAGAAAUACAUGCCUCAGCCUCCCAACGAUGACCUCUACAUCUUGCCUGAUGAGUACAAGCCUAGUUCCCGACACAAGCGCUCGCUCUUGAAAUCCCACAGAAAUGAAGAGUUAAAUGUGGAGACACUGGUGGUGGUUGACAGAAAGAUGAUGCAAAGCCAUGGCCAUGAAAACAUUACGACUUAUGUCCUCACCAUUCUCAACAUGGUGUCUGCCUUAUUCAAGGAUGGAACAAUUGGGGGAAACAUCAACAUUGUCAUUGUGGGACUCAUUCUGCUGGAAGAUGAACAGCCAGGGCUGGCGAUUAGUCACCAUGCAGACCACACGUUAACCAGCUUCUGCCAGUGGCAAUCCGGAUUGAUGGGGAAAGAUGGAACUCGUCAUGACCACGCCAUCUUACUGACUGGUCUGGACAUAUGUUCCUGGAAGAAUGAGCCCUGUGACACAUUGGGGUUUGCACCCAUAAGCGGGAUGUGCAGUAAGUACCGCAGCUGCACAGUCAAUGAAGACUCAGGACUUGGACUGGCCUUCACCAUUGCCCAUGAGUCUGGACACAACUUUGGCAUGGUCCAUGAUGGAGAAGGGAAUAUGUGCAAGAAAUCUGAGGGCAACAUUAUGUCCCCAACACUGGCAGGACGCAAUGGUGUCUUCUCCUGGUCUUCCUGCAGCCGUCAGUACCUGCACAAGUUCUUAAGCACCGCCCAAGCGAUAUGUCUUGCUGAUCAGCCAAAGCCUGUGAAAGAGUAUAAGUACCCCGAGAAGCUGCCGGGACAGUUAUACGAUGCAAAUACCCAAUGCAAGUGGCAGUUUGGAGAGAAAGCCAAGCUCUGUAUGCUGGACUUCAGAAAGGCAAGUGGUUAGUUACUGCCACAUGCUCAGUACACUAUGAUUCAUAAAACCAUUUUGUUUAGUAUAACUGACAGUGAUGUAUUCCACAUUUACUGGGCACCUACCAAAUGUCAAGUCCUAUAGGCCGGGACUGGCCCAAUGUAACAGGAAACACAUGCUUUCCUGGCGGAGCAGAUGAUGGGAGAUACUUUUGUGGGUAUCAGCUUUCAUUUGGGAGCUCACUUGACUUGUUAGGUCAGAUCUUUCUCUCUGAUUUAUCACGUGGGAGCGAGUGCAGUAAUAACGUUUAGUUGGUUUAAGUUGGCAAAUUAAUACGCUGCAUUUUUCAGAUAAUAUUAAGAAAACAAUGGUCCCCACCCCCCAUUCCAACAUAACAGUCUACUGAAAGGCAGCAGUAUAUCAUGGUGCUUCUGACAAUUGAAUUUCCCAAGAAAAGUAUUUAUAGAGCAGUUCCUCACAAAGGUGAUGUCUCUGUAGCCCUCGGGAUGUCUCGUCAGUGAUUUCCCACAUAAAUCCUUCACAGAGCACAGAUACACACUCUGGCUAGACAGAGAGCGUCCAGAUUUAGGAAUUUACUCUACUUAAAACCACAAGGAAAACUACUCAUAAAUCAAUGAAAGUAACUAGUUUUGAGGUUCCUUUUACUCUAGUUUAUAAUGAAAUCAAUAGUAAAAUAGAAAAGGUAUACACAGUCUUCCAAAAACCCCUCAACGCUUCAGGAGUGAUAGUAAUGCCCCUGCCUCUCGUCUUCCCAGCACAAUCAUCUUCUGAACUCAGUCAGGGUUCUUCUAAAGGCCAGCUGCCCUUUUGUGGGAAAUAGCUAGGAUUUUUUCUAUGUUACUCUUACAUAUGUCAAGGAAAAGAAAACUUAUAAAACUAAAGCUAUUAUUUAAAGAUUAGACUUUUCAGACUGUACAUCUGGUCUCUAUAUUAUUUGUUUUGUGGCUUUGAACCCUGCCAUCACUGGCAUUUCAAUGCUAUUUAUAAAAUAUAAACAAUAUAGGGUAUCUGUUUAUUAUUGAUGAAAUGGUUUCAUGGAGUGAAAUGAAAUUAUUUUAAAUCCUAUUUAUUUUACAGACUAUGUAUUGCUAUUAUCAGUAUCCCAGACAAGGUGUUACUAGCUUAUACAAGCUACAGACAUCAGCUCUGGCCAUAUCUACUGUUCACCAAAUAACUCCUUUUUGUCUGGUGGUAUUCUUUAUGUUUUUAUCCCCCAUGUUGACAUCUUUUUCAGUAAUUCAAUAGAGGCAUAUAAAACCUCCAGUUAUGCUCCUUCAAAUUACCAUGUUUUCUUUUAGUUCUGUUUAUUUCUGCUAGCUCCUGUUUGGGUAACCAGAAACUCUGCAAUAGGACAUCUGUAAGGCCUUGUGGUGCCAUCGGAUUGGAAGGAAAUGUGAGACCAAGUUCAUGCCAGCAGCAGAGGGUACUCUGUGUGGGCAGGACAUGUGGUGUCGUGGAGGACAGUGUGUCAAGUACGGUGAUGAAGGCCCAAAGCCCACCCAUGGCCAUUGGUCAGAUUGGUCCCCCUGGUCCCCCUGCUCCAGGACCUGUGGGGGAGGAAUCUCUCACAGAGACCGUCUCUGUACCAAUCCCAGACCAUCUCAUGGAGGGAAGUUUUGCCAGGGCUCCACACGCACUCUGAAGCUUUGCAACAGUCAGAGAUGCCCUCUGGACAGUGUGGAUUUCCGUGCUGCCCAGUGUGCCGAGUAUAACAGCAAGCGCUUUCGAGGGUGGCUCUACAAGUGGAAGCCUUACACCCAGUUGGAAGAUCAGGACUUAUGCAAACUCUACUGUAUCGCAGAAGGAUUUGAUUUCUUCUUUUCUUUGUCAAAUAAAGUGAAAGAUGGGACUCCAUGCUCGGAGGAUAGCCGUAAUGUUUGUAUAGAUGGGAUGUGUGAGAGGGUUGGCUGUGACAAUGUCCUUGGAUCAGAUGCAACAGAGGACUCCUGUGGGGUCUGCAAGGGGAAUAACUCAGACUGUGUCACGCAUAGAGGGCUCUACAGUAAGCACCAUUCCACCAACCAGUACUACCACAUGGUAACCAUUCCUUCUGGAGCUCGGAGCAUUCACAUCUACGAAACAAACAUCUCUACCUCCUAUAUUUCUGUGCGCAAUUCUCUCAAGAGAUAUUACCUGAAUGGACACUGGAGUGUGGACUGGCCUGGGCGAUACAAGUUUUCGGGUGCCACCUUCAACUACAAACGGUCCUACAAGGAGCCUGAGAAUUUAACCUCCCCUGGACCAACCAAUGAAACUCUGAUUGUGGAGCUUUUGUUCCAAGGCAGGAACCCUGGUGUGGCCUGGGAAUUUUCAUUGCCAAGGUCAGGGGCUAAGAAGACUCCAGCUGCCCAGCCCAGCUACUCAUGGGCCAUCGUACGCUCUGAGUGCUCCGUCUCCUGUGGAGGGGGCAAGAUGAACUCAAAGGCGGGAUGCUACAGAGACCUGAAGGUUCCGGUGAAUGCAUCUUUCUGCAACCCCAAGACACGACCUGUCACAGGCCUUGUGCCCUGUAAGGUGUCACCUUGUCCUUCCAGCUGGUCUGUGGGAAACUGGAGCGUGUGCAGCCGGACAUGCGGUGGGGGCACCCAGAGCAGGCCCGUGCGGUGCACACGGAGGGCACACUACCGUGACGAGUCCAUCCCAGCCAGCCUGUGUCCACAGCCCGAGCCCCCCAUUCACCAAGCCUGUAACUCUCAGAGCUGCCCACCUGCUUGGAGCACUGGGCCCUGGGCAGAGUGCUCAAGGACCUGUGGGAAGGGGUGGAGGAAGAGGACAGUGGCCUGCAAAAGCACCAACCCCUCAGCUCGAGCCCAGCUGUUGCACGACACUGCCUGCACUUCAGAACCCAAGCCUCGGACCCACGAAAUCUGCCUGCUCAAGCGCUGCCACAAGCACAAGAAGCUACAGUGGCUGGUAUCUGCCUGGUCCCAGUGCUCUGUGACAUGCCAGGGGGGGACACAACAGAGAGUUCUCAGGUGUGCUGAGAAGUACAUCUCCGGAAAGUAUCGAGAGCUGGCCUCGAAGAAAUGCUUGCAUCUGCCAAAGCCUGACCUGGAGCUGGAACGCGCCUGCGGCCUGAUUCCCUGCCCCAAACACCCUCCGUUUGAUGCUUCAGGCUCCCCAAGAGGCAGCUGGUUUGCCUCACCCUGGUCUCAGUGCACAGCCAGCUGUGGGGGUGGUGUGCAGAGGAGGACUGUACAGUGCCUGCUUCGGGGACAGCCAGCCUCAGAUUGCUUCCUGCAUGAGAAACCUGAGACCUCCUCAGCGUGCAACACCCAUUUCUGCCCCAUUGCAGAGAAGAGAGGCACCUUCUGCAAAGACCUCUUCCACUGGUGCUACCUGGUACCUCAGCACGGCAUGUGUGGCCACAGGUUCUACAGCAAGCAGUGUUGCAAUACCUGCUCCAAAUCCAACCUGUGAGCUGGGACCAGUCCUGGAAACAAGAAGAUGUCCCCAUGGCAGAGAGAGAGGCCAGCCCUGAGAGCUGCAUGGUGUGCACUGGGAUGCAUCCAAAAAAGACAGGAGCUGGAAGAAGGACUGUGGGUCUUUUGACCUAGAGUGGAUCCAUGUGUUUCUGAGUGUGGGAACACAUAACUGCACCCUGUUGGGUGGGGAAGUGGGAUCCUGCGGGCUGGUCUCCUGCACGUGGAAGGGAGAGUCCGUGCUAUAGUGCACAGGAAGCAGCUUUCCCCCAUGUUUUCGUUCAAUGGAAUCAAGUUCUAAAGACAGCCAGAUCCAAGCUAGCAAAUGCUGGGUGCAUUUCUUAAAAGAAAAAGACCAAGAAAUCAGGAAAAUGUUCACAUAUCUGCCAUCCAAGACACCAGCCUUCCUCCUACUUUGGAGACCCCAUUUUCACUGUGAAAGGUUUACGAACCUUGAUAGGCAGGUAUGGGCUAAUUCUUUCCUGUCCCAGUGGCUCCUGGAACAGGUACCUGCAAGUUGGAUGGGGGCUAUGAUAUAGGGCUUUGCAUACUUGGAAAAACAACAUUCCUGCUAAGGUGCUUUCUGUACUUCUGGUCUCUGAGCUGGAGGGGCAACUUCAACAUUUUGUCUUCUUCCUCAGCUUUUUAUAGUGAGUUCCUGUCUCAACCCAUUUCUCAGUGUUCUGUUUUAAAUGAGGGAUUGGAAGCACUGGUUACAUUAAAAUCUAGGUGUCCCUGGAAAGUGAGGGUCCCCUGUAAUAGAAAUCAGUCAAGGGGCCAAUGUGCUGUUAGUGUUAAGGUCUAGACUGUGUUUUGUGUGUUGAGUGGUUUUUAAAUACAUCCCAUAAGUUUGAUUACUUCUGAGCUGAGAGCAAAGGUCAAUAGCCUAUAAAGGAAAGGGCCCACGGCCACCUCCAACCUCUGCUCCCAUCUCCCUCUGCAUUGGUGCUUAUUUCUGGUCUCCCCACUUAGGGCCUUCCCAGUAGGAACCCAGAUAUUUAUAUUUGCUGAAGUUUUAUAAUAAAUUUUAUAUUGUAUGGUGUGCUUUGGAA